AGGAAGCGGGAGCGGGAGCCCAGCAUAAAUUUUUGCCGCCUUCGAGCUCCACCCAAAAAACACCAACCAAACCGCCUUCCUCCGUCCCCUCCGGUUGCUGCGAGUGGGCCCAUGUCGUCGUCUGCGGCUCACCAGAAGGCGACGGCGGCGCCGGCUGAGGAGGAGGCGGCGGAGCACGGGCCCUUCCCCAUCGAGCAGCUACAGGCUUCUGGAAUAGCUGCACUUGAUGUGAAAAAGCUCAAAGAUGCUGGUCUCUGCACAGUGGAAUCUGUAGCUUACUCUCCGAGGAAAGAUCUUUUGCAAAUUAAAGGGAUUAGUGAAGCCAAAGUUGACAAGAUAAUUGAAGCAGCUUCCAAGUUGGUUCCACUAGGAUUUACUAGCGCUAGCCAACUUCAUGCGCAGAGGCUUGAGAUCAUCCAGAUUACAACUGGAUCAAGAGAGCUUGAUCAAAUUUUGGAUGGAGGCAUAGAAACUGGGUCUAUCACAGAGAUCUAUGGUGAAUUUCGCUCUGCGAAGACUCAGUUGUGCCACACUCUCUGUGUCACAUGUCAGCUCCCAUUGGACCAAGGUGGUGGUGAAGGAAAGGCUUUGUAUAUUGAUGCAGAGGGAACAUUCAGGCCGCAAAGACUUCUCCAGAUAGCAGACAGGUUUGGCUUGAAUGGUGCUGAUGUACUGGAGAAUGUGGCUUACGCCAGAGCAUAUAACACUGAUCAUCAAUCAAGACUUUUGCUGGAGGCAGCUUCCAUGAUGGUGGAGACCAGGUUUGCUCUGAUGGUUGUGGAUAGUGCCACAGCCCUAUAUAGAACUGAUUUCUCUGGUAGAGGGGAGCUAUCAGCAAGACAGAUGCAUCUGGCUAAGUUUCUUAGGAGCCUUCAGAAGUUAGCAGAUGAGUUUGGAGUGGCAGUGGUAAUCACUAACCAAGUAGUUGCUCAAGUGGAUGGCGCUGCAAUGUUUGCUGGGCCACAAAUCAAACCCAUUGGAGGGAACAUCAUGGCUCAUGCUUCCACAACUAGGCUCUUUCUUCGCAAGGGGAGAGGGGAGGAGCGGAUCUGUAAAGUAGUAAGCUCUCCCUGUCUGGCUGAAGCUGAAGCAAGGUUUCAGAUAUCAUCCGAGGGUGUCACUGAUGUGAAGGACUGAAAACCUCUACGCAUUUGCAGCCUACAGCGCUCCUUGCCUGCUCAUAUGAAUCUCCAGUUUGCUGUUUGCAUUCUGACCACCAGAUAUUCUUGAAUUGGUGCAGGGACCUUCUUGUACAACCACAAUGCCACCAUGGGCAAUGUGCAUCUGUUGUAUCUUGGACUGGCAUUCUAAUACUGUUUCGGAUACCAUCCAAAAUGUGUCACUGAUGUGUAGUGUGGCCAAAUGAUAGAUGUACAGCCAACCACAUUUGGCAACUCCUCAGCAUACUUCAAGCAUCCCUGUUCAUCUCAAUGUACUUUCUUGCCAUGAUGCCAAUUAAUCAAUUUCA